CGCAAAACGUUUGCUUUUGACAUUUUGCAGUAGAUCGACCAUCUUUCUCCUUACGAAGUGAACAAGUGCGUGUUUUUAAAAAGCAAUUUUUAGGAUUUUCUGUGCGGUGAAAUUCAAUUGAAUAUCUUCAACAUGCUUUCUAGAGCAGCACUGUUAUCUGCCGUUAAGAGACCUUCUGCGCUGAUCCUAGCUCGUGGGUCUGCUUCCGCCACUGAAUCCAACCGCCCAGUUCGACCAGAACAUCCAGGCAAAGUACGACUAGGAUUUUUGCCUGAGGAAUGGUUUACUUUCUUUUACAACAAAACUGGUGUCACCGGUCCAUACGUAUUCGGUGCAGGUCUGAUUACCUACCUAUGUUCUAAAGAAAUCUACAUAAUGGAGCAUGAAUACUACAAUGGUAUCUCCUUGGCAAUCAUGGUCAUCUACGCUGUUAAGAAGUUUGGACCAGCUGUGGCGGCAUACUGCGACAAGGAAAUUGAUAAAAUCGAAGACGAGUGGAAAGAAGGCCGCGAGUCGACCAUCAAUUCACUUGCCGAGGCCAUCGAAAAUGAGAAGAAAGAGCAAUGGCGUGCUGAAGGCCAAGCACUGUUGAUGCAAGCCAAGAAAGAAAAUGUUGCUCUGCAGCUUGAAGCAGCCUACCGCGAGCGGGCCAUGACCGCCUAUCGCGAGGUCAAGAAGCGUCUGGACUAUCAGGUGGAGCGUCAGAACGUCGAUCGCCGCAUCUCACAGAAACACAUGGUCGAUUGGAUUGUGAAUAAUGUGGUUAAAUCUAUCACUCCCGAUCAGGAGAAAGAAACGCUUAACCGAUGCAUUGCCGACCUCGGAGCCAUCGCUUCCAAGGCCAAGUAAACGGAUAUUGAAGAAGACAACCUACCGACGGGCCAAAAACAUGUAAGUAUUUGGUUCAAUCGACCGUUGUCAAAUAUGAGUAAAAGUGAAUAAAUUGAACAAUUCUGUCAUAUUAGUCCGAUAAA